CAUAUGACAUGAAAUUGUUCAAUUUUGCUUUGCUUGGAAACCAUGACUUCCCACCAAAGGCAAAAAGAUUGCAUUUGGGAAGCAAUGAAUAUAUCCAUUUCUCUUGUGAAAAAACACCACAAAUUUCUGUAAACUAAGCCUGUUAAAAUGCUUUUGAUCUUCAUGUCUUGUUUCAUUUCUCCAUUAUUACUAGCAAAAAUCAUUACAGUUUUGGGGAACCAAAAAAGAGGACAGCAAUGGAGCUUGAAUUGGCACUCAAAAUCACUCAUAACAGGGAUGAUUCAACUUCCAAAAUGGCAGAUUUUAGGAUCACAAAAGACUCUUCUGGCCCUCUUUUCAUGUCUACAGAAACUGAAUCCAAGUUCAUCCUCACUGGCCAUCUCAAAGGUUUCAGAAGAGAGAACAUUGAUGUUGAGAUAAAUGAAGCUGGGAACCGAAUUGCAAUUAGUGGGAAGAAGCCUGUUCAGGAGAUGGUGUUGACGGGUUGGGUUCUGUGCAGGAAAGAGGUGGAGAUAAGGGCUUUUCGGAAAGUUUUUCGGAUUCCAGAAAGGGUGAAAUUAGGUAAAAUUAAGGCCAAGCUUAAUGAUGAAACAUCAACUCUGACAAUUGUUAUGCCUAAGUGGGAGAAAGGAAUUCGUGGGAUUGGGAUCGAGGAAGUGAACGAAGAGGAGGAAGAUAGAGCAAGAACUGAAUCUGAUGAAAUUCCUGGAAUUGAGAAAGCAAAAGAGGAAAUUCAGAAAGAGUCUGAAAGGCCAAUAGACAAGAAAGAAACUGACCAGGUUGUAAAAGGGGAGUUUCCUGAAACUAUACAACAAAAGAACGAAGGUUUGGAGGAUUCUCGUCAGGUUUCGGAUAAAGUAAGUGAUGGAAAACCUGAAGCAACAAAAGCUGAAGAGUUUUCCGGAGGAGAAUAUACUCGAGAGGCAGUAAAGGAGAAACCUGAAAAAGCCAGGGAAGAAAUUGCUUCUGAAGAGCGAGAGGUAAAAGCUUGGGAUUACAUGGAGCCUGAAGGUAAAAGCUCGGGAAAAAAGGAUCAGGUUGCGGAGAAAUUACAUAGAGGCCCAGAAAUUGAGUCUCAGGCGAGUGCUAAAAAGGUGGAAGCAUCUAAGCAAGAGAGCGAUGGUUCACAGAAAACAGAAUCCCCACCAACUGAAGAAAUUCAAAGAGAAAACCUUCCUGAAGAAAGAGCACAGUUGCAAGAAUUGAAAGGACAAGCUCUUAGUCCGGAUAAUAUUCGAUCUAAAACUCCUGGAGACAAUCAAAUGACUGCGCCAACAGGACACCCAAGUUCACCAUCCAAUGCUAUUGAAGAUCAAGAAACAACUAAAGAGAACUACCAACUGGAAGAUGAAAUCCCUGGAGAAUCACCAAGGCAAGAACCUCGAAAAGAAGUGCUAGAAUCAGCAAAACUUGAAUCCCAUCAGGAACCUGAGCAGCAAAAAACUUCAAGUCCGAAUAACUUGGCAGAUCAACACAGUGAAGAAACUCAACAGAAAGAAAUUGAAGGAAAAAUAACUAGAGAAGAAAUAUCUGAAGAAAAAGUAGAGGAAAAUGAAUCUCAGGAAUUGGAGAAGCAGAAAGAUCUGAUUGAGGAAGCAGCCCAAGUGAAGAAGCAUGUUGGGAAAAGUUCCAAGACGUGUCGUCCUCUUGUUGUUGCAGGAUCAGCCUUACUUGUAUCUGUUUUAGUGUUUGCUUUCCAUUUCAUUAGAGCUAAGAAAAGAUAAACUAAAUUAUAGCUACGAGGUUGUAAUAAAUCAAGCAUACUUUUUACACAAACUGUGACAUUAUUUAUUCAUAAUUGAAUCAAUAAUUUAUUUGCUUUUUUCUGAUA